CAGAACAACAUUAAGAGUAAUGGGAGGGAAUUCAUCUCAACCUGCCAGCGCCACUAAGACAUCUCAACCUGCCAGCACCCCUCCUCACUUUUUAGUCAGCCAUGGAGGACUAUCCCAAAUAAAGUCAGCUGGCAGACUUUCUCUUUAAAGCUGCAGAUGUUGACUCCCGUUAGCGGUGUGCUGACCAGGGAUCGCAGGAAAAGGCAGGCUCUUAUGCCGUGCUUUAAUCCUUUGUUGUGAGUUCCAAAACUCACACCGGUGUAGGCGAGCGAGGUGAGAAGAAGUUUUCUCAGGAGUUUUAUCACUUGGACAGCGCCCGUCAUCAAGCUGCAUCAGGUUACGAUCACAUGAGGAGCAACCAGGAAAAUUUGGAUUUUGUGAAAUCUUAUCGACCUCAAAACAAGGAAGUCAGUCAUCUCAGAAUUCUUCUUCACGGACCAGUUGGUGCUGGCAAGUCCGGUUUCAUCAACUCUGUAGAUAGCGUGUUUCAAGGCAGGAUUACCAACAGAGCUUUGACAGAUGCAACCUCUGGGAGCAGCUUUACCAAAAAAUACACAACUUACAAAUUCCACAAAGAUCAAGACAGCUUUUACUCUUUCAUUUUCAAUGACACCAUGGGCCUUCAGCUAAACAAUGGAGUUCAUGUGGAAGACAUCAAACUGGCCCUGAAUGGACAUGUAACAGAAGGUCACAAGUUCAGUCUUGAACACCAAUUGAAGGAGAAAGAUGAGGGCUACAACUCAUCUCCCACUCUGGAUGACAGAGUUCAUGUUCUGGUUUCUGUCGUUCCUGCUGGCUCAGUAUCUUCAUUAAGUGAUGAAGUUUUGAAGAAGAUGAGAGAAGUCAGAAUGACAGCUAGUGAAAUGGGUAUUCCCCAACUAGGUAUUCUCACCAGAGUUGAUGAAGCCUGUCCUAAGGUCAAAACAGAUUUAAAAAAUAUCUAUAAGAGCAAGUACCUGAAGCAACAGGUUGAGAAAUUCAGUGUGUUGCUGGGUAUUUCACUCAACUGCAACUUUCUUGUGAAGAACUACAAUUCAGAAAUCAACACCAACGAUGACAUUAAUGUGUUGAUACUGGGCGCACUGAGACAGAUGAUUACCUCUGGAGAAGACUUCCUCAACAGCCUGUAGACCUACGUACUACUGACACAAAUCUAGCAUGAUUAAAGCAUUAAAAAGUAAUUUCAAACAGUAAUCAGCAUCAUAGUUUAGACUGAUUUCUAUUAUUGUGUAAUUCAUAUUCAUGUGAUUCUUUCUUACAUCCUUCCUAGUGGAGUUCAUAUUUUGUCAAAAUGUAUCUUAUUGAUAAGCUGUAAAAAAAACAUGGUAAUGCUGAAAGAAUGCUUGUUUGUAUUGAAAAUCAAAGAGUGCUAACUUAAAUAAUACACAAUAUUCACAAUUAUACAACCAUGAUAUAAAAAUUUGGUGAAA